AUGGAGCUUUCUACGAUUCUGCGGCAACUGUCUGUGUCUCCGUACGACGCAGCAGCAUGUCUCCAAGCCGGGCAUGCGUACGCGGAGCGUGGCGAGUACUUUAACGCCAAGCAGUUCCUCCAAAGAGCCCUGGUGUCGGGCAAGGCUGAGAUGGCCCAACAAGCCGCCCUUGCUCUGGUGGCCGUGACCACCGGCCAGGUCCGCCCGGCUAAUGCUGAAAAGUCCAUGCUGUUUGUCAAAGAGGCCGAGGCGUGGAUGGACAAGGCUUGUGAGCUUGGCGUGCCCAGGAAGACGCUCCAACUCGCUCGACUCGACCUGUUGCUCGCCCAGGGCCCGCCGGCGGCAGACCAGGUCGUCUCCAUCCUCCGCACCGCCGUCCACGACAACCCGCAUGACGCCGAGCUCGAGGUCAAGCUGCUGGCCUACCUCGAGUCGGCCGAUGCCACAGGCGAGGUCUGGGCGAGAGUCAUCCCCGCGCGGACCAAGUUUGCUCACAGCCUGACCUGGUGGCGAUGGGUCGCCGGCUGGUCGGCGCGUGCCAUGGCUGCGGCUGCGGCUGCGGCUACUGGAGACGAUGCUGCGUGCGAAGUGCGGCUUGCUGCUGCCGGAGGCGCCAAGCUUGUGGAUGUGCAUCUGUGGAUCCUUCUGCGGCUGGCCAGCGAGGCGCUUGCUGAUGAGGACGCGUCGCUGGACGAGUGCCAAGCGGCAUGCCGGGCGUAUCGGGCGGCGGUAGAGGCAGGCGAGGGCGCCGAGUUCCAGGACGAACACCGGCUGCAGGCUUAUGUGGUGUUUGGCAAGGUACACCUGCUCUACGCAGAUUUGCUUGCGGUGGAGGCGAUCGAGGCCGAGGAGGCGGGGCGGGUCAACGAUGCGGAGCGGGUGGGUGCGCUCCGCAAGGCGCUGCAGUGCUUCUGGCGUGGCGUGGCGGUUGGAUGCGAGUUGGACGUGGUAGAGCCGACCAAAGUGGUCGCGCUGGAGAUGGCUGUGGCGCAUUUCGAGCGACGGUCAACGGCCGGGCGGUGUGCGUUGGAUCUGCUUCGGGUCCACGACGACGUUUCCGGUGGCGACGAGCGGUGGAGCAUCGGAAAGCUUGCGGUGGCGUUGGCGACGGAAGAGUUUGAGAUGGCGGAUGAGGACGAGGCGAGCGAGCGUGUCGCAGACCUCCUUGCAGAUCUAGACUGGCGGGUGGUGGCGAUGGGGCCGGCCGACUUGCGUGCGCUGGUGACGCGAGUGGCGUGGUACGUUGUCAACGACAUGUACAUCUGUCUCGGAUGGUUCCAGGACAUGUUUGACCGACUGCCGCUGGCAGGCGGAGCUGGAGCCUUUGGGUGCGUUGCUGACAUCGAGACCUUUGUGCUGAUGCUUGUGUUCUCUCACCGGCAAGUGCUUGCAUCGACGGUGGUCCCGCACAUUCCUGUGACGCACAAGCAGCUGGCGACAUGGGUGACGAUUCUGCAUCUGCGGCAUGCAUCGCUAGAGCAGCAUUACGAUGAGGCGGCGCUGGCGGCGCACCCGAUUCUCGGCUCGUCGCAGAUUGCGCAUGCGGCCGAAGAGGCGCGGGCCGGGGCGCCGACGUCGGACGGUGGGGUGGAGAAGUUCAUGGGCAUGUUUGCGCUCGAGUGCCUCGACGACGUCGAGGACGAGACCGGGGAGGUGGCGGACAUGCUGCGCGGGCGGGCGCGGCACUGGCUCCGGGUUGCGCUAGGCAAGAUGCCAGCAGAUCAUGUCGGGCGAGCGGUUGUCGAGGAAGAGCUCGGGCAGCUGGGCGGCGCGCCUGCAACGCCCGAUGCCAUUGUGCCCAUGAGUGCGUCCAAGGCGCCGAGAGCGCUGUUCACGGACGCACGGCAGGCAUUCUCGCCGCUUCGUCCGCGGAACCAGGGCACAUCGCGGGCAGUGGCGGCGGCGGCGAGUCCACCCAAGGGCACACCGAGCAAAGCUGUGCAGCCUGUGUCUGUGCCAAAGGCCGCCGGUGCAUCCGCGACGUCGUACCAGCUGCGAAUGGAAAAGCGGAUGCGCGAGCUGCAUGCGCUCCAGCAGAACGCGGCAGCGUUUGGCGAGAGUGUAGAUGGACAGGGCGUGUCUGCUGCUGCCGCAGUCGCCCCUGUUGCUGGUGGGUUCAAGGCCAAGCUCGACGGCGACAAGGCUGCCGAUGGCGCAGCAUCGCCUGCGCCCGCUCCUGCUGUGGGUGGCUUCAAGGCUGGUGGUUUCAAGGCCAAGCUCGGUGGCGACAAGGCUGCCGAUGGCGCAGCAUCGCCUGCGCCCGCUCCUGCUGCGGGUGGCUUCAAGGCUGGCGGCUUCAAGGCUGGUGGUUUCAAGGCCAAGCUCGGUGGCGACAAGGCUGCCGAUGGCGCAGCAUCGCCUGCCCCCGCUCCUGCUGUCGGUGGCUUCAAGGCUGGCGGUUUCAAGGCCAAGCUCGGUGGCGACAAGGCUGCUGAUGGCGCAGCAUCGCCUGCCCCCGCUCCUGCUGUGGGAGGCUUCAAGGCUGGCGGCUUCAAGGCUGGCGGUUUCAAGGCCAAGCUCGGUGGCGACAAGGCUGCCGAUGGCGCAGCAUCGCCUGCCCCCGCUCCUGCUGUCGGUGGCUUCAAGGCUGGCGGUUUCAAGGCCAAGCUCGGUGGCGACAAGGCUGCUGAUGGCGCAGCAUCGCCUGCCCCCGCUCCUGCUGUGGGAGGGUUCAAGGCUGGCGGCUUCAAGGCUGGCGGUUUCAAGGCCAAACUCGGUGGCGACAAGGCUGCUGAUGGCGCAGCAUCGCCUGCCCCCGCUCCUGCUGCAGGUGGCGACAAGGCUGGCGGUUUCAAGGCUGGCGGUUUCAAGGCCAAGCUCGGCGGCGACAAGGCUGCUGAUGGCGCAGCAUCGCCUGCCCCCGCUCCUGCUGCAGGUGGCUUCAAGGCUGGAGGCUUCAAGGCUGGCGGUUUCAAGGCCAAGCUCGGUGGCGACAAGGCUGCUGAUGGCGCAGCAUCGCCUGCCCCCGCUCCUGCUGCAGGUAGCGACAAGGCUGGCGGUUUCAAGGCCAAGCUCGGUGGCGACAAGGCUGCCGAUGGCGCAGCAUCGCCUGUCCCCGCUCCUGUUGCAGGUGGCUUCAAGGCUGGAGGCUUCAAGGCUGGCGGCUUCAAGGCUGGCGGUUUCAAGGCCAAGCUCGGCGGCGACAAGGCUGCUGAUGGCGCAGCAUCGCCUGCCCCCGCUCCUGCUGCAGGUGGCUUCAAGGCUGGAGGCUUCAAGGCUGGCGGUUUCAAGGCCAAGCUCGGUGGCGACAAGGCUGCCGAUGGCGCAGCAUCGCCUGCGCCCGCUCCUGCUGCAGGUGGCUUCAAGGCUGGCGGUUUCAAGGCCAAGCUCGGCGGCGACAAGGCUGCCGAUGGCGCAGCAUCGCCUGCCCCCGCUCCUGCUGUCGGUGGCUUCAAGGCUGGAGGCUUCAAGGCUGGCGGCUUCAAGGCUGGCGGUUUCAAGGCCAAGCUCGGUGGCGACAAGGCUGCCGAUGGCGCAGCAUCGCCUGCCCCCGCUCCUGCUGUCGGUGGCUUCAAGGCUGGCGGUUUCAAGGCCAAGAUCGGCGGCGACAAGGCUGCCGAUGGCGCAGCAUCGCCUGCCCCCGCUCCUGCUGUCGGUGGCUUCACGGCUGGCAGCUUCAAGGCUGGCGGCUUCAAGGCUGGCGGUUUCAAGGCCAAGCUCGGCGGCGACAAGACCGCUGGGAGUCCCACGUUCCAAUUUGGCAGCAAGCCCAAGUCGGCUGCAUCUGGUCCGCUGCAGAAGAAGAGCCCCAGCGGAAGUAAGUUCACCCUGGGAGGCAAGGUGCCGAAGCUUCCCAUUGUGGCUGCGAGUGGAUCGUCGGGCUGGAACGCAUCCUCGUUCGGCAAGUCGUCAACUGUUGACGCAGCGCACGAGGCUGGUGAUGAGCCGCUUCCAGGAGAGGAGCAAACCGACUCGGAUGAUGACGGUUCCGAUAGCGGCGUGGCGUCCGAUUGUCUUGUGAACGAGGAGCAAUUUUCUGAGUCGCUCAAUGCCAUCGCCGAAGUUGUCGAGGAAGAGCUCGACAGCGUCUACUCGUGUGCUACGCCAGAGGGCAGUGACGACGAUGACUGUGUGGUUGCUGUGGACAGCCUUUCUCUGGCUGAUGUCGCCGCUGAUGGUGAGCAUGUCGCGGAGGAGUCCAAGCCGGCAUCGACAUCGAGCUUGUCCUUCGGAGCACCGGUGUCAAGCUCGCCGAAGCCGUUCUCUCUCGCGGGUUUUAAGAAGACGGGCGACUCUGGUGCCACGCCGAGCAGUGCCAAGUCGUUCUCGCUCUCCGGCUUCAAGAAAACGGGGAACGCUGGCUCCAAGACGAGUGGUGCCAAGCCGUUCUCACUCUCGGGCUUCAAGAAGACGGGGGACUCGGCGCCCAAGCCGGGCGGCCCGCCUGCGUUUUCGAUUGCCAAGGCCGCGGCCGGCAAGAAGGCCGAGGCCGAGUCCAAGGCAGCGGAUGGAAUGUGGAAGUGUCAGGCGUGCACGAUGGACAACGCCGAAGGCAUCGCGGCGUGCACGACAUGCACGACACCAAACCCAUCCAAGAAGAAGAAGUCAUUGCGUCGUGGGUCCGAGGCAGCGACGGCGCCCAAGCCGAGCGGCCCACCUGCGUUUUCGAUUGCCAAGGCCGCGGCCGGCAAGAAGGCCGAGGCCGAGUCCAAGGCAGCGGGUGGAAUGUGGAAGUGCCAGGCGUGCACGAUGGACAACGCCGAAGGCAUCGCGGCGUGCACGACAUGCACGACACCAAACCCAUCCAAGAAGAAGAAGUCAUUUGCGUCGUGGGGUAAGCCUGCUGCGGCGCCUGCCGACAACAAGUCCGAGGCAGCGACGGCGCCCAAGCCGAGCGGCCCACCUGCGUUUUCGAUUGCCAAGGCCGCGGCCGGCAAGAAGGCCGAGGCCGAGUCCAAGGCAGCGGAUGGAAUGUGGAAGUGCCAGGCGUGCACGAUGGACAACGCCGAAGGCAUCGCGGCGUGCACGACAUGCACGACACCGAACCCAGCCAAGAAGAAGAAGUCAUUUGCGUCGUGGGGUAAGCCUGCAGAGACGGCACCCGCGGCCGAGGCGACUGUUGGCUCAGAUGCUGACAAGUUGGAUACCGACAAAUCCACAUCCUCGGCUGCAACACCUGAAGCAGUGGCACCGACUCGGACGCUGGCGGCUGGGGUAGAUGGCCAAGUGGAGGAUGGGUCUAUUGGCUCAGUUUCUAGCGGCGACGAUGACAGUGACGAUGGUACAGUCAUGUUCGGGAGCGCCUCGAAGGCAAACGAGAAACCGCUCGGCCGGUUUGGUGUUGUCUCGGCUGCGCCGCCGCCUGCAGCCGAGAAACCUGGGUCGGGCUUUGCGUUCAAGUCGUCGUCGUUCUCUUUUCAGCGCAGCGGCAAGUCCGCUGGUGCCAAGCCAGAUGGAGUGAUGAAGGGGCCCGUCAAGCUUUCGACGACGUCGGGCUUUGGCAAGAAGCGCGAGCUGCAUUCACUCGUGCCCCCGCUAGAUGGUGACGGAAACAAGACCAUUGCUUCCGGUGUGUCUGGGACCUUUGGCGGUUUUAGCAACCGGUCUGGUGGUGUUGUGUUUGGAAGUGGUUCAACGCUGGGUAAGCCGGCCUGGGGCAAGAAGGCCAGCAAAGAAGGUGGCGCUGCGCCUGCUGCGCCGGUGGUGGCGGAUUCGGCCGCGUCAUCAGUGGACGGCGCCGUACAUGAUGCAUCGGAUUCGGACAACGACGAGGUGCUGUGCACGCAUCUUUCGACCUUGCGCUCGGCCCAGCCAGUCGCGACCGCCUUCGAGGCGCCUGCUGAAACUGGUUCUCCAUCAGUCUCUGCCCCCGAGUCUGAUGAUGACGGCAAGGACGGUGUUGAGUCGGGUGAAGUCGAGGGGGAUUCAACCUCCAGUGAUGGCGGGUCCAACGAUGCGGAGGACAUGCCCGCGUCGCAGACCUCUGGUUUUGGCUCUUCCACCAAGCCUGCAGCUAGCUUUGGCACGGGCUUUGGCAAGAAGACCGAGGGCAAUGCAGCUGCACCCAAGACUUCGUUCGGGUUCGGCAAGAAGACCGAGGGCGAUGCGGCCGCCUCACCCGCGCCACAGACCUCUGGUUUUGGCUCCUCCACCAAGCCUGCAGCUAGCUUUGGCACGGGCUUUGGCAAGAAGACCGAGGGCAAUGCAGCUGCACCCAAGACUUCGUUCGGGUUCGGCAAGAAGACCGAGGGCGAUGCGGCCGCCUCACCCGCGCCACAGACCUCUGGUUUUGGCUCCUCCACCAAGCCUGCAGCUAGCUUUGGCACGGGCUUUGGCAAGAAGACCGAGGGUGAUGCAGCUGCACCCAAGUCUUCGUUCGGGUUCGGCAAGAAGACCGAGGGCGAUGCGGCCGCGCCCAAGACUUCGUUCGGGUUCGGCAAGAAGAGCGAGGGCGAUGCGGCUGCUGCACCCGCGUCGCAGACCUCUGGUUUUGGCUCCUCCGCCAAGCCUACAGCUAGCUUUGGUACGGGCUUUGGCAAGAAGACCGAGGGCGAUGCGGCCGCGCCCAAGACUUCGUUCGGGCUCGGCAAGAAGGCCGAGGGUGAUGCGGCCGCCUCACCCGCGCCACAGACCUCUGGUUUUGGCUCUUCCACCAAGCCUGCAGCUAGCUUUGGCACGGGCUUUGGCAAGAAGGCCGAGGGCGAUGCGGCCGCGCCCAAGACUUCGUUCGGGUUCGGCAAGAAGACCGAGGGCGAUGCGGCUGCCGCACCCGCGUCGCAGACCUCUGGUUUUGGCUCCUCCGCCAAGCCUACAGCUAGCUUUGGUACGGGCUUUGGCAAGAAGACCGAGGGCGAUGCGGCCGCGCCCAAGACUUCGUUCGGGCUCGGCAAGAAGGCCGAGGGUGAUGCGGCCGCCUCACCCGCGCCACAGACCUCUGGUUUUGGCUCCUCCACCAAGCCUUCAGCUAGCUUUGGCACGGGCUUUGGCAAGAAGACCGAGGGCGAUGCGGCUACGCCCAAGACUUCGUUCGGGCUCGGCAAGAAGGCCGAGGGUGAUGCGGCCGCGCCCAAGACUUCGUUCGGGUUCGGCAAGAAGAGCGAGGGCGAUGCGGCUGCCGCACCCGCGUCGCAGACCUCUGGUUUUGGCUCCUCCGCCAAGCCUUCAGCUAGCUUUGGUACGGGCUUUGGCAAGAAGACCGAGGGCGAUGCGGCCGCCUCACCCGCGCCACAGACCUCUGGUUUUGGCUCCUCCACCAAGCCUGCAGCUAGCUUUGGUACGGGCUUUGGCAAGAAGACCGAGGGCGAUGCGGCUACGCCCAAGACUUCGUUCGGGCUCGGCAAGAAGGCCGAGGGUGAUGCGGCCGCGCCCAAGACUUCGUUCGGGUUCGGCAAGAAGAGCGAGGGCGAUGCGGCUGCCGCACCCGCGUCGCAGACCUCUGGUUUUGGCUCCUCCGCCAAGCCUACAGCUAGCUUUGGUACGGGCUUUGGCAAGAAGACCGAGGGCGAUGCGGCCGCCUCACCCGCGCCACAGACCUCUGGUUUUGGCUCCUCCACCAAGCCUGCAGCUAGCUUUGGCACGGGCUUUGGCAAGAAGGCCGAGGGCGAUGCGGCCGCCUCACCCGCGCCACAGACCUCUGGUUUUGGCUCUUCCACCAAGCCUGCAGCUAGCUUUGGCACGGGCUUUGGCAAGAAGACCGAGGGCAAUGCAGCUGCACCCAAGACUUCGUUCGGGUUCGGCAAGAAGGCCGAGGGUGAUGCGGCCGCGCCCAAGACUUCGUUCGGGUUCGGCAAGAAGGCCGAGGGUGAUGCAGCUGCACCCAAGUCUUCGUUCGGGUUCGGCAAGAAGACCGAGGGCGAUGCGGCCGCACCCAAGUCUUCGUUCGGGUUCGGCAAGAAGACCGAGGGCGAUGCGGCCGCGCCCAAGUCUUCGUUCGGGUUCGGCAAGAAGACCGAGGGCGAUGCGGCCGCGCCCAAGUCUUCGUUCGGGUUCGGCAAGAAGACCGAGGGCGAUGCGGCUGCCGCACCCGCGUCGCAGACCUCUGGUUUUGGCUCCUCCUCCACCAAGCUUGCCGGCUUCAACACUGGUGUUGCGCCCGCUUCCGAUGGCACACCAACCACGACACCUGCGCUCCCUGGCUUCGGCUUUGCCUCGGGCGAGUCGGCGUCGACGCCACCCAGGCCGUUGCAGUCGCUGUCAGCCUCGGGCUCUCCGGGCUCGAUGUCGGCACAUUACGGCUUCAACUCGACGCCGCCAAGAUCCGAUCCGCCGUCGCCGCCGCUAUCGCCUCGCUCACUGGCGUCAUCGCCGACCACGUCGCCCCCGCCGCGCGAGAUAUCUGUCAUCGGCAUGGAGGACGAUUCAGAUCCAGACGAUCUCGAGAACAUCUACGCCAACUAA